CAGUACGAUAGUGUUACUUCCUACUACGCUCGUAGAAAUCAGGAAAAAAUAGAAUGAAGACAGAGGAAGAUACGCACUGCUAGAGGCACUGCCAGUAUUACCAGAGCUACCCACUCAAUAGUAGCAGGCAUUGGGUAUGGAGCCUCUGGAAAAAGCCUUUGUAGUAGUGGAAGAAGUUGUUGGAAAAAUAUGCAGAUCUCUGGGACCAGAAGCUCAGAAUCAUAUCAACCGGGACAGGCUAUUUACUAAAGCAGAAAGACAAAUAAAAAAUGGCCUGUCAGUUGAGGUAGCCUCCAAGACCAUUGUGAGUGCUUUGAUACCGGAUAUUCAAGCUACCUUGAAAGAAAGAGUGAAGGACCAUCAACAUCAUGAUGUUCAAGAGAAUGACUUUCCUGAAGUCAAAGAGGAGAACAUAGAACCUUCUGUUUUCCCGCCUGAAUUGAGAGCAAGCACUUCUCGAAGCCCAGUGUACUCGGAUGGCCAAAAUGGUUCAUCAGCUAGGGAAUCAAGUCAGUCUUCCUCUACAACACUGGAUUCACCACAGUCUGCGGAGUCUCAGAGCUCAUCUACUGCCAUGACAUUGAACGAUUUAUCGGAGAUCAGUGUGCUGACUCCUGAUCCACCUAAACCAGCUCCUGUCAUUGAAAUACUUGAUGAUAGCCUCUCCUCCCGUCCAUCAUCUAGGAAUAGUGAUAUCCUUAUAGUAGAAGAAGUGGAGAAACCAAAUAAGCCUAGUGCUAGAACUGAAGGCAAGACAUCUGAUGACAAAAAGAAGAAUGAAGACAUAAGCAAAAUUUUGUCCAUGCUUCAUGAUUUGGAAAAGACUUUGGGCUUGGCCAAGGCAAAGGAAAGUGAGCAAGAGAUAGAAGAAGGGCCAGAAAAUGGAAAAGAUACAAAACAGUCCAGAAAUUUCAAUAAAAUGUCCUCUGAUGAUGAGAGUGAUAGUAAAGAUUCAAAGGUAAUGGCUGAUGAAUUACAAAAUUCUUCAAGCUCUUCAGAAAAUAAAAGUGAUGCAAUAGGAAAUAAGUCUACAAAGAAAAAAAGUACACUUAUAAAUGGAAUUAAUAGUUUUGAUAUAGAAAAAGAAUUAGCAGAAGCCAAAGCAGAUAGUUAUACUGAUGAAAACAGAAACAAGAAAACUAAUAUAAAUGGCUUGACAAGUAUGCUGAAUGAAAACUCACUUAAUCAUAAUCAUCCUUCACAGGAACUUUGGUUAGAUGCUCACUUUGUAUGUUCGUUGCUUCCAUAUUUCCAAUUAAAUGAUGUGUACCAAAGUAUGUUUGAUAAUUACUAUCAUCCAGACCGCAGGGCAUAUGUCUUAGGUUUAUAUAUAGAGUUAGCAGUUGAUCAAGGGGAGAUGGUACCAGACAGGGUGUUUCAUGGCCUGCGUGCUGCAAAAAAACGCCCUCAUGGGGAUACUGUUGGGUCAGGUUCAAAUGCUGGUGUGAAGAGAUUCAAAGUUGAAGAAGGUGGUGCAAAAUGUGUUAGUGAAAUAAAACAGUGGCAGUCAGUGGGUGAAACAAAGCAGUUGUUGAGUGACUCUGUCCCCUCUACAAGUGGUGCUGUGGUUCGAAAAGUAGCGGCAGAUAGUACAUUUAAAGAUGAAUAUGUAAAGUUGUUUGAACCAGAUGUAGAAACCCCUUAUGCUGCUAGUAGACUGAAUGAAAAUAAACAGGAAAAUGAUUAUUGGACUAGUGAACAAAAAGAGGUGCAAGAUGAAAGACAGAAGUGGUGUAAAGAAAAAGCAAAUUUUAUUGCUGAAGUGAUUCCAGGGGUUGAAAAAGAUUCUUUAAGAGUGCAGAUACAGAUGUGUCAUAGUGAUGCUGAUGUGGAGAGAUUGAUAGUAAGACUAAUGGAAGAGGGUCCUCCCCCUGAUCCUCCUGACACCCCACAAGGGUAUCCUCCCUCCCUUGUCUCCCCGGACCGACCAGAAACCAGUGCUUUCCAACCUGUGGAGCGAGCAAGUACUAGUGCUUUCCAGCCGUUUGAACAGGGAAGCUCUAAUGACAGCUCCCCAGGAGCCAGUUCAAGUGAAAGCCAGACUGCUGGGGAAGGCAGUGAUGAGGCAAAUGGUGUGGAAAUAGAGGAAAAGAUCAUGUCCCACGUUGCAACACUGUGUGAAAUGUUCAGUGAUGCUGACCCAGACUACCUUCAGGAGAGGUGA